UGAGUAAUCUAAUGCUUAUUGAAUGAAUCAGAUGAAGAGAUAAGAUCAAGUAGAAUAAGAAAGGCAAUCAUUGAAAGAGACAAACAAGUAAAAACAGAAGCAAAAUUACUGCAUAAUACAUUGAAAAAUCUGCCCUGAAACAGCAUUUUGCUUGGAAGAUCGAAAUAGCUGGUGGAUAGGACGAAAGAGACCCGUGACUAAAGAAACCAAACCAAACCAAAAGCAGGAAAAAAAAAAAAAGCAAUGCAGUCAAUGCUAAACCAUGGUGUUCCUGUGUGUCUUUCAGGGAUAAUUCACCCCUCCCUCUUUCUCAUGAGAUGGGAGGAUCAUGAACGCAGGAGGAAGGCCAUGAAGAGGAUGCAAACAUCACUAGUGUUGAGAGAGGAACAUGUGCAUGCAAAUCAAGAUUUUGUGAAUGUCAAAGGUGGUGAUGAUGAGGCUAAAUUUUUUUUAUAUUGA